UAGCGUUCUGCGGUGAGAGGUUCUACAGUUAACGUUCAGUGCGUUUACCGUUCUUAGCUUGAAUCGAUUUAUAGUAUACGCGAUAUUAACAAGUGUCACGCGUCGGUUGCUUUUAAUACAGUGCGACAUAGUAACUUGGUAUUAUUUCCUGAGUAAAAAUCAAUUAUGUCAUACAACCUAUCGAUAACAACAGAAUGCGCGGAACCGUUCCUUGGGCCGACUCUUGGACAAAGUUGUCCAGGAUCACAAUUUUUGAUGUUCAUGUCGCUCGUGGACACAUUCGUACGGGCUAAACAAGAUAUUUCCUUUCUUUGUGAAAGGGUCAAACCGAUUGAUCCACCAGAAUAUACGUAUGAUUUUAUCGUCGUUGGAGGUGGAUCGGCUGGUGCCGUAGUUGCUUCUAGAUUGAGCGACAUACCCGAGUGGAAAGUUUUACUUCUCGAAGCAGGUCCUGACGAGCCACCAGGUGCUAACGUUCCUAGUAUGGUAGCGAUGUUUCUCGGUACUGAAAUUGAUUGGAAAUAUCAAACUACUAAUGAGAGAUAUGCUUGUUUAUCGAGUGGCGGAUCUUGUAGUUGGCCUCGAGGUAAAAAUCUAGGUGGAAAUUCUGCACAUAACGGCAUGAUGUAUAUUCGUGGACACGCAAAGGAUUAUGAUAAUUGGGCUGCCAUGGGAAAUGUUGGAUGGACUUGGCAAGAGGUAUUGCCAUACUUCAUGUGCUCGGAGAAUAAUACAGAAAUUGAUCGAGUUGGCAGCGAAUACCAUUCUGCCGAUGGUCUUUGGACGAUUGAAAGAUUCCCUUGGCAACCUGAAAUUACUCGCGAUAUUUUGAGCGCCGCUGCAGAGAGAGGAUAUCCGAUUACUGAGGAUAACAACGGUGCUCAAUCAACGGGAUUCACAGUAGCUCAGAUGGCCAGCAAAGACGGAGUUAGAGUAAGCAGCGCUGACGCUUUUCUUCGGCCCAUGCGCCAUCGACGUAAUCUUCAUAUCUCUCUUAAUGCUACUGUCACCAAGGUCAUCGUUGAAAAUCUCAAAGCAGUCGGAGUCCAAUACUAUCAAAAUGGUAAAUUUCGCGUAGCACGAGCUUCUCGUGAGAUCAUUAUCUCCGGCGGUGCCGUAAAUUCUCCUCAAUUGCUAUUGUUAUCGGGAAUCGGUCCGAAAGAACACUUACAAGCCGUCAAUGUUUCCGUCGUUAAAAACUUACCAGGAGUCGGACACAACUUACAAAAUCAUGUGUCGUAUACCCUCUCUUGGACUAUUAAUCAAUCAAACUUAUUCGAUUUGAAUUGGGCGUCUCUUCUGGAAUAUAUUGCCUUUCAUAAAGGACCUAUGUCCUCGACCGGCAUGUCCCAACUUACAGGAAUUAUACCGUCGAGCUAUACCACACCUGAUCAUCCCGAUAUUCAGUUUUAUUUCGGUGGAUAUCAAGCGGCUUGCGCAAUUACUGGCGAAGUAGGAGCACUUAUGGAUAAUCAAGGUCGUAGUAUAAGUAUAUCUCCAACGAAUGUUCAACCACGUAGUAGAGGAAUCCUUCGAUUAGCUAGUAAUAAUCCAUUUGAAAAGCCGCUUAUUUGGGGAAACUAUCUGAGCGAUCCAAUCGAUGCUGCUAUUCUGGUUGAAGGCAUACAGAUCGCAUUAUCUUUCGCUAAUACAUCUGCAAUGGCAAAAUAUAACAUGAGUCUCAGUAAUAUGCCAUUAUCCGCGUGUUCUCAAUAUACAUUUCUCAGUAAUGAAUAUUGGAAUUGUGCGAUUCAUCAGAAUACAGGUCCUGAAAAUCAUCAAGCCGGAUCCUGCAAGAUGGGACCAUCAAGCGAUCCAAUGGCUGUAGUAGAUCCUCAGCUUAGAAUUCAUGGUAUUAAAAAUCUAAGAGUAGCAGACACGUCUAUAAUGCCUCAGGUCACGUCCGGUAACACUGGUGCUCCAGCAGUUAUGAUCGGUGAGAGAGCUGCAGCGUUCAUCAAGUCCGAUUGGGGUGCUGGUGCAACACAAUGUUCUCGUUCGACGAUCGACAGUUCGCUGGAAUUCUUGCUAUGGGGGAUCAAAUACAUCGACUGGGACCAGGCUAUCUGGUAGUAGUAAUCCUGCAUUCCCGGCUCGACUUCUAGUCCAUGAAACAUCGACUUUCUCAAAGCUAUGCGACGUCGAUGCGCCAAUACAAGGCGACGAAAAAGACGAAACGGAUCCAGCGGGAUGCCCGCAGCGAACUGCCGUGAAACCUUCUUCCUUUCUUUCUUUCUUAUAACUUCGUAGAUACUCUAAUAUAUAUCCCGAUCAAUCGGUCCGAAUAGAAUCCUCUCGUGCGGUGGAUACGAGAGGAUACGACAAUGUCCGUUAUCAUUGAGUCUUUCGAACAAAUUCUUUUAUGUUUCGUUCUAUCGAGAUACAGCAAGUACAACAAAAAGCUAAAAAAUCCAUUCUUUGUCGUUUUACGACUAACUGCAAGACGGACCUUCUACCAUUCUAUCUUGACUAAUGAUUCGUUCAAGAACAGCCGCUCCCACUUGUUUACCAAUUAAUAUCCUCCAAGAACCAAUAAAGCAACGACAAAUAAAACGCGUCUGCUAUAUUUUUCUUUUGCACAGAUGCGUAUCUUUUAACUUUUUCCUAUAUAAUUCUAUUCGUUAAAUUAUCCUUUGAUUACGGUAUAUUUGUGUUGGACAGUUUAUGAAUGAAAUUGAAUUUACAUAUCAAUAUCGAUCUAGCAAAAGUUCUACAUUUUUGGUGAUUGCCAUUAUUAGAACCAAAGAUUUCGGGAACUAGGAAAAAUAAGACAAAACAAAUGAUUUAAUUGAAGUUAAUAUAUAUAUA